AAAAAAAAAAAAAAAAAAAAAAAAAAAAAAAAAAAAAAAAAAAAAAAUCUUCAAUCUUUCCUUCUUAUCAGCUUAGGAGCUCAAUGGCCACUCUCUCUCCUCUCCCAUAAAUACAAAAGUGAGAACACACACCAACCAUUCUAGCAAAAAUUGUACCUUUCUCUCAUUCUAUGCCCCUCAUUGAAGGAAAAGGCAUUCCUUUUUCUUUUCCUUGACCAUUAAUUGUCACUGCAUUUUUCUCCUCUUCUUUCCUGUGGGCUUUCUCUUUCAUGCAAUUUCCCUUUUUUACCCCCCCAAUUUUAUGUGCUUUAUUUUUUUCUCCCCUUUGAGUUGGUCUACCUAAGACUCAAUGCUUUGUGAUACUAGUUGUGAGUUUCAUUUUACCAAGGAAGAGGAGGAUCAAUCACAAAAGAGGUACCAAAUUGUGGGGAAAUUAAUCUAAAUUUCCAGAAUUUUAUCACCCUUCAAAAUCCCAGAAAAAUGUCUAGUUUGAGCACCGAACUAUCGAAGUCGACGCAAAUCUUCGGCUUAAAAGUAUGGGUGUUGAUCGCCAUCGGCUUCGGUCUAUUGAUAGUGUUGAUUCUCUUCUUGCUAUCUGUAUGGGCCACUUCUAAAAGAAAGACGAGGAGACCGUUCGACCAUUACGGAAUGCCGCAAAUACCAGUCAUCUCUAAGGAGAUUACAGUAGACCAAGUCGGCUCUCGCAGCCUUGCGCAGACGCUACACGAGCGCGAGGCGCCUCUCUUUCCUUCUCACGAAAAAUAUAAUGAUCAAGAAUACGGCAAGACGUUGGCGCAGUUGCCGACGAGCAAGUCGAUCGAUGCGGAUACUAUGAGCCAGUCUAGCUCGGUGUACGACGAAGGUAGCUCGGGGCCGACGAGGAAACCGUAUUCUCCCGGUGCAAUUGUAUCUGCCUCCCCUUUAACUGGUUUGCCGGAAUUCUCGCAUCUCGGAUGGGGUCAUUGGUUUACGCUGAGAGAUUUGGAGUAUGCUACAAAUCGGUUUUCGAAAGAGAACGUGCUCGGAGAGGGCGGGUAUGGGGUUGUUUACCGGGGGAGGCUGAUAAAUGGCACGGAGGUCGCGGUCAAGAAGAUUCUUAAUAACUUGGGACAGGCAGAAAAGGAAUUCAGAGUGGAAGUCGAGGCCAUUGGCCACGUCCGGCAUAAGAAUCUGGUGCGGCUUCUGGGAUACUGUGUUGAGGGCGUAAAUAGGAUGCUUGUAUACGAGUAUGUGAACAACGGUAACUUAGAGCAGUGGCUUCACGGAGCUAUGCGUCAGCGUGGUGUUCUUACUUGGGAAAACCGCAUGAAGGUUAUCCUAGGGACUGCUAAGGCACUUGCUUAUCUGCACGAAGCUAUAGAGCCGAAAGUUGUACACCGUGACAUAAAAUCAAGCAAUAUAUUAAUUGAUGAGGAAUUUAACGGCAAGGUUUCCGACUUUGGGUUGGCUAAGCUCUUGGGCUCAGACAAAAGCCAUAUCACUACUCGAGUGAUGGGAACUUUUGGGUAUGUGGCGCCUGAGUAUGCAAAUACUGGAAUGUUAAAUGAGAAGAGUGAUGUUUACAGUUUCGGAGUUCUAUUGUUAGAGGCUGUGACCGGUAGGGAUCCUGUAGAUUAUAGCCGACCACCCAAUGAGGUGAACCUUGUAGAGUGGCUUAAAAUGAUGGUAGGCAAUAGGAGAGCAGAGGAAGUGGUCGAUCCCGCCCUAGAGGUCAAACCAGCUACUCGAGCUCUUAAGCGGGCGCUUUUAGUCGCGCUCAGAUGCGUGGAUCAUGACUCUGAAAAGCGGCCCAAGAUGGGCCAGGUCGUUCGAAUGCUUGAAGCAGAUGAAGUUCCACACCGAGAGGACCGGCGAAAUCGGCGGAGUAACAUGGGAAGCAUGGACAUGGAGUUGCUAAAAGAGAACUCGAAUUCUUCUGAUUCUAAUAACAAAGUAGGAAAAUUAGAUAAUGAGACAUCUGAGAGGUUGCAUGGAUAAGGCUGAUCAAUUUAUCGCGCACACGAGGGAAAACCGAUUAUCUGCGUUUACUUUCCUUCAUUGACAAGGUUUAUUAGAUGUUCUUGCUGCUAAAAGAUUUUCACGAAGGAAUUACAGUAUUUCUGGUUGACGAGUAACUGAUUAGAUAGGAGGAACGAACUCGUAGUCGGUUUUAUAAACACCAGGUUGUUCAGAGGUUUUAUGUUUGUACAGUUCCAUUAGGGGAUGCGCAAAAUUUUCAGUUUACAAACUCGUGGUUGGUUUAUUUCUUUGUGACUUUUGGUGCACACUCGUCACUCACGAAGUUGGAUGUCUAUGGAAAACACAUUCUUGUUUCUUCAGAAUUUUGCAAUUUGCUGUUGCGCACUUUGUUGUAGUAUGAAUAGUUUCUUGCUCCGGUGGAAAUGGAUGUUUGCUGCAUGCACGUA